AUGGGCUACUUCACCCUCUGGAGGAGACUGUCGCCUCGUCAGCUCAACGUCGCCAUUCAGACGUUCUCGCUGAUCUCCAUUUUCUUCGAAGGAUAUGACCAGGGUGUCAUGGGAGGCGUGAAUGCCUCCCCUCGAUACGUCACGGAGGUGGGCAUUGGCCUACCAGAUGGCACCGUGACCAACCAGACGCAUCAGGGCGGCAUCGUCAGCGUCUACUAUCUGGGAGCCAUCUUUGGCUGUUUUGCAGGCGGAUGGCUGGCGGACCGCAUUGGCCGUAUCAACGGUCUCCUGAUUGGAUCUCUGUUUGCCCUGGUCGGCGGCGCGCUGCAGGCUGCCACUCAGAGCUCCGACUUUAUCCUGGUCGCUCGCGUGGUGACAGGGAUUGGCACGGGAGGUUCCCUGACGGGUAUCACGCCGGUCCUGGUAUCCGAGACGUCGUCUGCAGACCAUCGAGGAGGAUUUCUGGGAUACGUCUUUAUUGCCAACUCCCUGCUGCUGGCCUUCUUCAUCAAGAUGCUUCCCGACAGCCCGCGGUACCUGGCGUCUGUCGGACGCAAUGACGAAGCGCGGGAUCUGCUGCAGCGCGUCCGGGGCCACAAGUGGACCCCGGAACAGAUCGACAGGGAGUAUCUGGAGAUCGUUACGAUUGCCAUGGACAGCAAGCCCAGUUCCCCCGUUCAAUUCGUCAAGAUCCUGGUUGGACGGAGCGGGAGGCCCGGAGCGCACCUGGGCCGUCGCGCAUGGCUGUGCCUGUUCCUCCAGAUCAUGGCGUCCUGGACCGGCAUCACCGCCGUCACCGCGUAUUCUCCCGUCCUUCUUCGCAGCGCCGGGUACAGUGAACUGACGCAGAACGGUCUGGCGGGCGGACUCAACACGAUCGGAAUCGUUGGGACGAUCAUCAGCGCCCAGAUCGUGGACCGUCUGGGACGACGCAUCUGCUUGAUGGGAGGCGCUGCAGCAUUGGCAGCAGUCAACCUGAUCGCCGGAGCGCUGUACGAAGGAGCAAGACAGCACCCCGACAGGGCCAAAAGCUUUGCACCGGCUGCUGUCACCAUGCUCUUCCUGUUCAACCUCGCGUACGCCGCCACCUGGGGAACGGUCGCCUUCCUGGUGCCGACGGAGAUCUUCCCCUCGGACCUGCGCGCUCAGGGGAACGGAUUCGGGAUCACGGGGUGGGCGAUCGGCGUUGGCAUGACCACGCUGGUGAACCCGAUCAUGUUCAGCACGAUGGAGAACCGCACAUACUUUCUCUUCUUCGGACUCAACCUUCUCUGGAUCCCCAUCAUCUUCCUCUUCUACCCAGAAACCUGCGGGCGAUCGCUCGAGUCCAUCGAGGCGCUCUUCUCCACCAGGAGCCCUUUCUCCUGGAAGAUGGAGAGGGCCUACCAGCUGCACGGCGACGUGCUCGCCGAGCGGGGAGUUUCCAAGCAGUCUGACGCUGACGCCGACGACGGCGAUGACACCUGCAAGGGGUUUAAGGAGAGGGCUGGGUCUCAUCUUGAAACGGUCUAA